AUGACAAAACAUGCUGAAGCUCGCCUCCUCCACGAAAUGGACGAAAGAAAACCGGAAAUAAAUAAGAUGAAGUCUCCCGUAUCUGCAACGAUCACUGGUUUGGCUUGUAUUGUGGCACUUAUUUCCUGCCUUGCUUUCAGUAUAUUUUUCCACAAAGCCCUAUCUGGCUUCUCUAAACAGGUCAACGCCUUCGUGACUGUCGGUGAUUUUAGUUCAGUUCUACUACAAAGCCUUGUUUUUAUCGCUUCUGCAUUAGUAAUCGUCUACCUACUAUUUGUUUAUCUCGCAUCGGCUCGGAUAUUUUCGAACGUGUUCGCAAUAUGCGGUUCACCCAGCCUUCUAUUCUUUUCUUCACUUAGCUCUCAAGGUUUUCUUAUACUAUGGGUACUGAUGCUGUGUUUCGUAUCUUCAGUCUCCUUAGUUUAUUUUAUGUUUAUUGGCGGAAUUCUAUCCUUCUGUGCUCUCGUUGAUCAGCAGUGCUUCGACUUUCGAGUGCUUAUACCUGCAAUUGUCAGCAGGUUCAGCAAUAAGAGCGCUCUCUUCCCAUUUCUUCCGGCAGACAUGAGGCAUCGCGACGAAAUAGCGUCUUGUCUUCAAGCCAACCUGUCAAGGAACCCAUUAAGUUUUUGA